AUGAUACAGAGUGAGGUGGUUGCUGCUGAGCUGGCAGCGGAACAAGGCUCUCUGUGCGUAAACAGAGAACAGAGAAGCGGUGCACCGGGACUAACACUACACCUCUCCUGGUCCUGGCUCACCCGGGAUGUCCUAGUCCUGUCUGCCGCAGAGACAGCAUCACAGUUGAAGGAUGGUGUGACACACAGACACACAGACAGCCAGAGGGACCAGUCACCGGCACUCACCACUCAGAGGAUCACAAUGGCUCCCAUGUGUCUCUUUUUCCUGGGCUUCCUCCUCUCCGUCCUCCAUCCCACAGACGCCCAGACCAUCAUUGGCUCCUCCUCCUCGUUCUCCUCUCUGGACCUGCCUGUUAACUCAUCACCUCCACCUACCAAGCAGACCGUUAGAUUCUGGCCUUCUCUGCCUCCCAGAGGGCGUAGUGACGUUCCUAUCAGAGCUACAGUUCGAGAGAGGCAGACAACCACGAAUGCAGCGCAUCAGGAGAGAAGAAUUCCCCGUCCUACCGCACAGCAGUCCACUCCACCUUUUAUAAAUGCUCUUUCAACGCAGAACCUCAGCAGCGGGCCAAUUUUAGCUCAACCCACUGCCUCCAGGCCCAGGACUGAUACAGCUAGUUUAGCAAUCAGCAGGGCUUUUUUAAAGGACGAUGCUACUACAAAAGGCUCAACUCCUUCUCUGCCCGCUUUUCCCUCCGUCACUGAGUCUGCAAGUGAUAAGCCAGUGGAGGCAGGAAAUCCAGAGGAGAGAUUACUUAAAGAUACAGAGGAUGAUGAUUUGCAGGAGUUGGGAUCAGGUGGCAUUCCAACAGUGAUGCCCGUGAACGAGGAAUCACCCGUUCCUCCGUCAACAGCUUUUGAUGGAAUGGCUCAGUAUCAGCCACAGGCCCAGACGGCGAUAUCUAAAGUUUCUGAUGUUAAAACGACACCACCGGACAGUCGGACCACAAAGCCGCAACUGUUUGUGCUCACAACAGCCAGUAAAGUCUCCACGACGCCACAGACUGAGACCAGUGCUCCAACGUCCCCUGUGGUAACGCAGGCGACACCUCGGACUGGAGUAUCAACAGGUAAACUGACAGAGAACACUCCGUCCACCGUCGGAGAUACUUCUACUUCUACUACAUCAUCCAAACCCGCUAUAAAAGAGUCACAGCCUGCAGAACAGCCAGCAGAACAGCCAGCAGAACAGCCAGCAGACGCCACGACACAGCAAGCGACAACCGCAUCUACAACCAGUACGCUCACUACUAAACAGGAGGCUGUGAGAACGUCCUCCAAACCAACACGUAGACCAAACAAAACAGCACAACUGGGCAGAAGCACAGCCAGCACAACUGCACAGUCAUCAAGGGCAGGCACCUCUUCCUUCCUUGCCACCGGUGUCGUACCUGUCGCCCAAACAAGGUUGAGCCCCACUCAUCAGGCUGGAAUUGCUCAGAGUAACCGCUCCAUCCACCUGCUCCAUCCUCACCAAGCCCCCCAAUCUACGUCCGACCCAGCCCCCUCGCCCAGCGACCCUCCCUCCCCUAACGGCACACUCCUCUACUGGGGCGAACUGAGCCGGACGCUGGCUUUCGCCUGGGAGCUGCAUGUCUACGGCUCCGCGAGUCUCUUCCUCCUCCUGUUCGCCGGGGCGGCCCUCGGCCUCACCCUGUCCCCUGGAGCAAACUGUCCUCAUCGGGGGGCUCUUGCGCUCGCCAACGCUCUGCUGUUUCUGGCUGGAGGCCUCAGGGCAGCUCUCUUUCUAAUAGACCCGUAUGGCACCCGGAAGCUCCUCCCUCGCCCCGCGGUUACGGCCCUCUACAACCUGCCUCUGCACCUGCUGGUGUGGGCGCAGGCUGCCCUGGCACUGCUGGCUUUGAGGGUGGCAGGAGUGAGCGUGUUACCGUCCACUCUGGAGCGCGUUCCUCUGGUGGCCGUGCUGGCGGUGCUGCAGUGCACGCUGCUGCUGGCGGUGGAUCUUCUUUCUCCGGCCCUGUCCCCCGUGGUGCCCGUCACCUUGCAGGUCCUGUCCCUUUGCUGGGGCCUGGGUAUCUGUCUCGGCUUCCUCUGCUACGUGUUCCCGCGUAUACGCUGCCCUUCCGUUCCCCACCCUGGGGUCCCAGAGGAGGCCAGGACGAAGGCUUGGACCGGGAGCAGGAGGGUCGGGGUGAUUCUGGGGAGAGUUCUGGCAGUGUGUGCGGUCCUGGGGUCGCUGUGCUGUGGGCUGCAUGUUCAUGCCACCUUAUGGCUCUACGGACUGCUAGGAAACUGGACGCGCUUCAACUGGGGAUGGUGGCUGGUGCACUUCUGGGCCCGGCUCCUGGAGCUGGCCUGGGGGUUCUCCCUUCUCGUCCUGGGUUCCUGGGUGUUCUGGAGGCCUCAAGGUUGUCAUGGAAGGGAGGAAGGUGGACCAGAUGGCAGAGCAGCAGGAGACCAGCCUUCUCCUGGACAAUCUACAGGCUCCACUCAAAGACACACCUGCUGGUCCAAGAUAGUCCAGAGCCUGACGGGGAAACCCUGUCGAAAGUCUGACAGUAACGGGGUGGGAGGAGGAGGCGGAGGAGGAGUAGGAGCACCAGGGGAGGUGCCUAACAACUGGGCUGGCCAGGAGCGUCCUGGAGCGGACAUCAGCAAGAGUCUGAUCAGGAACCAGAACCACGAGCUGGCCGGAGCCCAGCAACGCUGUGUCAAAGACAGCAACCGGGGACGAAACCACAGGGGCCACUCGGCGGAACGAGGCGUAUCUGACGGCUCCACGGGCUCCCUGCUGAGACUGCAGGCGCUGGGUCGGCCUCCGCAGCGCUCAGUGAGCGGCAGUCUGGAUCAGGAUCGGGACACCUCGCUGUCUCUUUAUGAGUUCGAUUUGCGGCCCCCGUCUCCCAUUGACCUGACCCGCAGCAUUGACGCGGCCCUGAACAGGGAGCACCUGCUCGGAGGAGGGAGCUUGUUUCACCCUCUGAACCUGACCUCACAGACCCCCUCCCCGGGGUCAGGGGUCAGCCAGGGGCCUUGGCUCCGCAGGAACAGUGAUCCCGAGAUGCUCUCUGAUAGCAGCGAGGCCCCGACAGAGUCCUCCAUGCCACUGGGGGGCAGCGUUCUCAGCAGCGUGCCCAGCAGGCAGGUGACGGCUCCCCCCACGCCCUCCCACCAGGGUCACAGGUGGGCUGGGAACGAGACGGGGAGCGUCCCCUCGUCAGUGUCCUGCCCUGUGUCACUGCGUCCCUCCAGGACAUCGGAGGGGAAUCUGGGGGAGGACGGCGUGGACGACACGCGGCCGUUCAUCACCCCAGACUCGGACAGGGUGCGGGGGAGGGCAGGGAGGCCGGUGGGGUCGCGGAGUUACCUGGAGGUCAGCCGACAUGACGACUCCGCCAGCGUCAGCAGUGAAAUCAUAGAUCUAUGAACCAAACCUUGGACAUGAGGACCAAAUGAUCAAACGCACCCAUUUACCAAAUACGGUUCCUAACCAAGACUUCAACAAUAUUAGAAAAAAGAUGAUUAAUGAACUGCCUGAAAUUAAUUGUUUUUAGAAGAGGGAAAGUAUUUAAAGCUUUCUCUUGGUGGAGACCUUAAAGGAUAGUUGCCUUUUGUCUUGUGUGUUUGUGGAACAAAUAUGGCAAAUCUGGCAGUAAAGCUGGGAGAUAAAGCACAUAUAAAUCUCUUUCUUACACACACAUUUAUCUCUUUCUCUUUUUUUGUCCUGUUCUCUCAAACACACACACCUGCACAACACUGGUAUCACUCUAAGUACACUGGGACCAUACGUACAUUUCAAGUCCUAACAACAGCUUUUUUAGCAAGCCCCCUUGGUUGUGAUGGGUGUGAAAUGUGUGAUGAAUUUAUGUCUGUUUUAGGGGUAAAAAGACAUAUUUGUGGCUCCAAGCGUCUGUAGCUCCCAUUUCUAUUGUUUCUGUGGAAAAAAAAAAAAGUCUGCAUAUCAACCAAAUGUCAUUGCUUUCAUAGAGUUUAUUUGCUGUUUUCCAUGUUUCACUAUGCUUUGUGAUGUAAAGAUGUGCCAUACUUAACCUUGGUUGGUUCUGUGCUGUUUCUACGGUUCUAUAAACCCAUUAUUUGGGUUAAUAUAUAGCGUCUUACCAGUAUCGUAGUGACUCAGCAACAGAUUACUACUUCUGAGCUCUUAACGUGCUGCUGCUGCUGUUGUUGUCCACGCUGCCUUGUAUGUUAAUGUGAAGCUGGUUGCAUAAAGAGGCAGGCAGUUAACAACGGCCAGAGACAUGCGGACUCACGCUUGUAUGGGAAACUGUCGCUGAUGCUUUUAGCUGUAGCUGAACUUCACACUGAGGUUUCGAGCAUUUGUCUCAUCCUGUUAUUUCGCUGUAGGACAAAGCUUUUGCAAUCAAUAAGUAUGUGCGAUUAAAGCCUCAGACUGCAUUUUCACAGGAUUUGACUAAGAAUAUUAGAUCAUAAUCACGUGCAUUGGAUCAAUUCAGACUGAUAUGUUACCUAUUUAAAUGCUGCACAGCUUUGCACCACAUGGGACUGGCUUGGCAUGAACCUCAGAUCUCUUAUAACAGAACUUACUCAAUAACAGAGCACUUAACUGUAAGCCUGAGCACUAGACUGAAGUAUUUUACUACUCGAGAGGAAAAAUAUCUUUCAAAUAUAUGAUGUAUAAGCAACAAUGUAAAUAACAUUAUUUUUGAUGUUCAUGAAUAAAGGUGUAUUUGAAACAUAGCUGUCGUUGUUACUGUGAAAGACAAUCUAAAGUGGUUUUGCUGAUGUGUUGAAGCUGUUAUGCUCCAUGAACUUUGGAUUUGGAACUAUUUAGGACCUGCAGAGCUGUGACUUUUAAUGCUUCAAUGCAGAGGUUGUCAUGACGCUUUAUAUUGCUAAAUGAAUUACAAAUGGCCAUGAUUUGCUGAAUUUUUUGUUACUCUUUAAUUUUUUUCCUGGGAAUUAAUGAUGACAAAAGUAUCCAGAGGGAAUUAUUUAUUAACUUAACACAGCUUUUACAGUUUGAUGAUCCUAUCCUGAAAAAUUGCCACUCCUCUGUCUAACAUUAGAAAAGUUUUGUUCCAACGUGAGAUAUCUAGUGUUCUGUUUUAAAAACCUGAGCCUUGUUCUCACAAAAUGAUUACUGGAAUGUCAUCCUGGGCUCCUGUUUUAAAUACUUAAUGGUACAUUUCAAGAAGUGACAAUUUCCCAAAGUGGAUAAACAUCGUUUUAAAAUCAGACUUCAUCCACGCCUCUGUUCCUGAUGAGAGUCUGGUUUCCUCACAGUGACUUGCAGUACCUCCCAGUGAUGUGAGAUAUUUGACUUGUUUAGUAUUUACGGUACAAUGGCCUUGUGUUGUUGUCUACAUUCCAAUGAACCUGUGAUAUUUCACUGUAUCAGUACUCGUCGUUACCUCUUUUACUUCAUGACCAGGGUGGUACCUCCAGCACCCGUAGUAUUGUCCCCCCCUAACAAAGCAGUACGUGCCAUAGAAAAUGCAAUCAAUGUGCCCCCUCCAGUCUGUAGUCACAGUGCAGAAGUACAGUGCUAGAUUAAUUCGUUUAUUUUGCUCAUUGAACUUUGUUCUUGUAUUUUUUGCUGCAUUUUCAUGUCUGGAUUCAAA